AAAAAAAGCAAGAAAAGAUAUGAAAGCAUCCAUGCUACUUUGCCAUAAAGAAGCUUCUUUUUUAAACAAACCCAUCUCCAUUUUUGUAACGCUUUGAUUACUUGCUAAGAAAACCCUCUCAUACCUCAACUUAAUUUCAGAAUCUCCACCCUCUGAUUCCAAUGGCUUCCACAUUGCUAUUGGUUGUUGUAUUUGUUUUCGAUCUCGUUGCUUUUGCACUUGCUGUUGCCGCCGAGCAAAGGAGAGCUUCUGCUCGGAUUGCUCAAGAUGCAAAUUCUAGGUAUUGUGUUUAUGAAUCUGAUAUAGCAACAGGGAUGGGUGUGGGUGCGCUGUUAUUCCUUCUUGUAAGCCAACUCCUUGUGAUGGUUGCAACCCGUUGCAUGUGUUGUGGGCGAGCCCUGAGCCCUGGCCGUUCGAGGGCAUUAGCUGUCUUCUUAUUCAUUACCUGCUGGGUGACAUUCAUCAUUGCUGAGGCCUGCUUGCUUGCUGGUUCGGUGAGAAAUGCGUAUCACACAAAGUACAGGAGCGUACUCUCGGCUAACCCUCCUUCGUGUGAGACCCUGAGGAAAGGUGUGUUUGGUGCGGGGGCUGCAUUCGUGGUUUUCACGGGUAUCGUCUCCGAGCUUUACUACGUUUUCUAUUCGAAAUCCGAUGAAGGUGUGAUCCCUACGAGAGAUACCGGCAUAAGAAUGGGAGCAUUCAACUGAAACUUUUGAUGCCUUUGUUAAUUUUUAUUCAUAGAUUUAAUUUGUUAUACAACAUUCUCAUAUGCUUUCCCUUUGUAUUUUACAUUUAUAGUUGAAAUUGUGUUUUUUUCUGAGAAAUUAUGAAUUUAUUGGGUACUUUUAUAUCA